ACGGAUAGGCGAAAGAACCGUUCACUCUCCGUCUAGCCGCCGCCAUUUGACAAUUGACAUUCAAUCGGUUCCUCGAUUUGUUUUUAUUUUGCCCCUUUUGCUUUAAGUUCUGCGAUUUUAAUAUUCAAAGCGGCAAGCGGCACAGCGGUACAGCGGCGAUUCAGACCCGACGACGGAGUGGAUCCAAAGGCUGUUUAGGUAGUGUGUGGACUCGGCACAACCGCAAGCACAAGCUCAAGCACAACCACAACCACGGACGGACAGCGACGCCGGCAGCGUCAGCGAAAACUGGGCAGCACCACUGCAGUUUGGAAAAGUCGAAAACCGAAGACUCAGAAGCUAUAUAGCCGGCAGAGGCUACAGUAGGAGCCGGAUCAUCCCGUAAUCAGUAAUCAGCCAGUACCUGGAGGCACAUUCUCAUCCCCACACACAGCCACAGUGACAGGCAGCAGUCGACAUGGACAGCGAGCUACUAAACAUCCUCAGCGUGAUCUCCAUCAGCGUCGUGGGCUUCCAGGUGGUCCGCAAGGUCCUGCCCUGGAUCUACGCCAAUGUGGUGGGGCCCAAGGUGUUCGGUUCCUCGGUGAACCUGGCCAAGAUGGGCGAGUGGGCAGUUGUCACCGGGUCCACCGACGGCAUCGGCAAGGCCUACGCGAAGGAGCUGGCCCGCCGAGGACUGAAGCUGGUGCUGAUCAGCCGAUCGCUGGAGAAGCUCAAUGCCGUGGCCAAGGAGAUCGGGGACAAGUACGGAGUGGAGGUGCGAGUGAUCGACGUGGACUUCACCGGCGGCGCCGAGAUCUAUGACAAGAUUCAGGAGAAAACCGCCGGGCUGGACAUCGGCGUCCUGGUCAACAACGUGGGCAUCAGCUACAGCCAUCCGGAGUACUUCUUGGACUGCUACAAGGCCGAUCCGCAGUUCCUGCGCAACAUUGUGGCCGCCAAUAUCCACUCGGUGACCCACAUGAGCGCCCUGUUCCUGCCGGGCAUGAUUGCCAAGCGCAAGGGCGUGAUCAUCAACCUCUCGUCCACCGCCGGAGUCAUUCCCAAUCCCCUGCUGAGCGUGUACAGCUCCACGAAGGCUUUUGUGAACAAGUUCAGCGAUGACCUGCAGACGGAGUACAAGGAACACGGCAUCCUGAUCCAGAGCGUGCAGCCCGGCUUCGUGGCCACCAACAUGUCGAAGAUCCGCAAGGCCAGCGUGUUUGCUCCCUCGCCGGAAACCUAUGUGCGUUCCGCUCUCUCCACCCUGGGCAUUGCCACCCAGACGGCGGGCUACCUGCCCCACGCCCUGCUCCAGCUGAUCAUUCACUUCACGGAGGCGGUCUUCGGCGACCAGUUCGCCCGCAACCUCGUUCUGAAGAACAUCCUGGGCACCCGGAAGCGCGCCCUGCGCCGCCUGGCCAAGGAGCAGUAGGCCCCGCAUCAUUCCCAGCAGAAUGGCAUUUAGUUUCGAGGCGGGAGUCGGGUUGUGGACGAGGGGGAAUCUGGCUAGUCAUAGUUUAUGAUUACGAACGUGUCAUAUGAGCGAACAAGAGCCGAGAGCUUGAAAUACCAAAAACUUUCCCAAUAAACUAAGUCUAGUUAGUGUCAGCGAAAAUUGGAAUUUGUCGGACUUUUGCCGCGGCUGACAGACAAUUGAAUAAAGUGUGCAAACACGUGGAUAUAGGCACAACGCAUAUAUAUCCGGAUAUUUGUUUGUGGAAA